AUGCCCGCUCUCAAUAUCGCUUAUUCCUACCGGCUAGUUGGCAUCCCAAACAAGACUGUUGUCACCCUGCGAGUCGAAUUCCCCCCAAACGGCUCGACUCCUCCCCACCGUCACGGCGGCGCAAAUGUGGCCGUGUUUGUCCUCAAGGGCACAGUGCAGAACAAGAUGAACGAUGACCCGAUGAAGGUGAUUGGGGAGGGUGGGACCUGGUUUGAAGCGCCAGGAUGUCAUCAUCGAAUCAGUAAUAAUGCUAGCGAGACCGAGCCGGCGACGGUGAUUGCCACCAUGAUUACUGAUACGGAUGCCUUUGAGAGGGAUGGGAUGGCUGCUUUGAUCCAGAUUGAUGAGGAGUACGUAAAAUAG